AUGGAUCCAGACUUUUUGAAUGUGUUCACACAGCCUGAUUCACCUAAUCAGUUCCUAGCUGAGAAUGUCAUCACUCCAGGUGAGAAGAAGAAAUUCAUAAAACCAACCUCAAGAAACAAUUCCAAACUGGAAGAAUUGAAACUGUUAUUGAUUGACUGGAUUAACACAACUCUGAAAGAGGAGCACAUAGUAGUUAGAAGUCUGGAGGAAGAUCUGUACGAUGGGCUAGUACUUCAUCAUCUUUUGGAACAACUCGGGUCUCUCAAGCUGGAUGUUGACAAGAUUGCAUUAACAGAAAAAAAACAGCGACAGAAGCUGGCUGUGAUUCUGGAAGCUGUGACCAAGUGUUUGCAACUGGAAGAAACUCAACUGAAAUGGAGCGUGGAAUCUAUCUUGACAAAGGACUUACUGAGCACACUGCAUCUUCUGGUUGCAAUAGCAAAGCACUUUGAACCCAACCUGCCCAUGCCUUCAAAUGUUCAAGUGGAAACAAUCACCAUUGAGAACACCUCCAGAGGAUUAAAGACAGCAAAUGCAGUGGAAUAUCUCACAGAAAACAAAGAGAAUUUAGAAGCGCAGUCAAAAGAUGAUGCCUUUGAUGAAUUAUUUAGCCGUGCUCCAGAUAAACUGGAUGCUGUUAAAAAGGUAUUUUUGCAAUUUGUCAACCAGCAUGUUGGAAAACUAGGAUUAAAUGUGAAAGACAUCGAAUCUCAGUUUGCAGAUGGAGUUAUCUUACUUCUGUUAAUUGGACAACUGGAGGGUUACUUUCUGAAUUUAAGGGACUUCUUCCUGACUCCAGCCAGCACCACGGAGAUGCUUCACAAUGUUAACCUUGCGUUGGACUUGCUGGCAGAUGGAGGUCUUCUGACUUUUUCUGUGAACUCUGAAGAUAUUGUGAAUGGAGAUAUGAAGGCUACAAUGAGGAUUCUGUAUUGCUUGUAUUCCAAAUACAAGACUAAAGAAACAUGAAGAACAAGGCUGAGAGCUU